CCGGCCCCUAGCAGGAUACAGAUGAUGACAGGCACAGCAGCCGCCACCUUGCCAAUCUCUUCGUCCGUCUGCAUGAUCUUCUUGAUCCGCGCCUGCGGAAAGAGGGCAGAGUUCGGGCACCGUGGCCUUCGUCCCUGCAGGGGUGCUGGAGCAGGAUGGAGCCAAGCGAGGAGCUGGAGGAAGAGGACUCUCCAGGUGGCCGGGAGGAUGGAUUCACUGCUGAGCACCUGGCCGCAGAGGCUAUGGCAGCUGACAUGGACCCUUGGCUGGUGUUCGAUGCACGUAUCACGCCUGCUGCAGAGCUGGAUGCCUGGUUGGCCAAGUACCCACCAUCCCAAGUUACCCGCUAUGGGGACCCCGGUUCACCCAACUCUGAACCUGUGGGCUGGAUUGCAGCCUAUGGGCAAGGCUACACCCCCAACUCUGGUGAUGUUCAAGGACUGCAAGCAGCCUGGGAGGCUCUGCAGACCAGUGGGCGACCCAUCACACCAGGUACCCUACGCCAACUUGCCAUCACCCACCGUGUGCUCUCAGGCAAGUGGCUCAUUCACCUGGCACCUGGCUUCAAGCUGGACCAUGCCUGGGCUGGCAUUGCCAGGGCCGUGGUUGAGGGCCAACUUCAGGUGGCCAAGGUGAGCCCACGGGCCAAGGAGGGUGGGCGUCAGGUCAUCUGUGUUUACACGGACGACUUCACGGACCGUUUGGGUGUACUGGAGGCAGAUUCCGCCAUCCGUGCCGCAGGCAUUAAGUGUCUGCUCACCUACAAACCAGAUGUCUACACCUACCUGGGCAUCUACCGGGCUAACCGCUGGCAUCUUUGCCCCACCCUCUAUGAGAGCCGUUUUCAGCUUGGAGGUAAUGCCCGUGGCUCUAGAGUGCUGGACCGUGCCAACAAUGUAGAACUGACCUAGUGGGUCCAAAUGGAAGACACCACCUUCUGUCCCCCGGCUGAGAUGGAUGGUCCUGUCUUCCUCGUCCCAGGAAGGCCAAGCUCCCUAGCUCUGAGAACUAGUUUAUUUGGGAAGUGCUUGCAUCUCAGUGUCCUUGAACUUUUGCCCUCUAUUCAGGGCUGACUCUAGCCUCCACAGGUUGGGGGCUCUGGCUCCCUGAGGACCAGGUCCUGAACUUCCCUUGUUGAUGAUUCCCCCACUACCCAGGACCACAAGUUGGGUGCAAAUACUCAAGAGAGCCUGCCUUGGCCAUCCGUCACCACCUGCUAGUCUUUCCUCGUCCUGCAUCCUUCCUUUCUUCCUCUCUCAGAAGGGAGAAAACUUAGUGCUUCCAAUUCCUGCCCUUGGAGUAUCAUUGUCCAGGUGGUAGGGGCCCUGCAAGACUAAGCAUGAUGUUUGGGGCCACUCGGGGAUGCAGGGCCAGGGUCAUGGAGCUUCCACUCCCUGCCAGCUCAGCCUGCACCAGCACCCUCCCUUCCCUGGCUACCCUGACAUGUGCCUGCUCCUGGCAUCUCAAUAAAACCCAGCUUGGGUCUGUG